AUGGGGCAAUGCACCCAAGCGGAGCCUCAAGCCAUCACGGACUAUGCGCAAGACGCACUUCCUACGGCAAAGGAAGACGCACCAGUCACGCAAAUCAUUUAUACCAACUCGCAAGCGGCACACCACAUAUGCUCGGACACCAAAUAUACCGGACGUACCUUAUACGAGCUCAGGGUGGCCGUCUCAUCUCUGAGAGAGUCCGGCCAUCAAUUCAUCAUACGAUGGGUCUCUGCACACUGUGGCAUACCCGGUAAUGAGAAAACCCACAGACUAGCGCGCGCACACCUCUCCGCGCUGGCCAAGGGACCCUCCUCUUCCUCAUCUCUAGGCAACCCCUCCCAGGAAAUUGCCAACCCUUGGCACGACUUGCGCUCUACCAAAGCCGAGCGAACCGCCUACUUCUCCAUGGCCGCUAACCCGCUAUCCAUCCCUAAGAUUCCCUCCCAACAUUUCUCUCGUAGGGAAGCCGUAAGGAUUCGCCAAAUUCAGACAGGGACCCUACUGACACCGCAUCUCUUACAGCGGUUUCGCGGGAACGAUGGGGCGGCAUCUUCCACAGCCUCUGGCAUCUGCAAGAACUGCAACUCUAAGGCAGACCUGGUCCAUCUCAUGCGGUCUUGCCCUUUGUAUGAUAUUCCACGACAACGGGCUUUGGAUCUCAUUACAAACGCCCCAGUACCCGUACCCCUGAACGCCUGGGCAUGCCCAGACACCACCAUAUCCCACAAGCAUGCUUUGGAGCUCUGGGAGGCACUACCCACCUUCAUAAGAGACCGAACUGUGCCUCCAGUGGUGGACCGGCUCCUUCCGGAUAGAGUCAAGAGGACACAGCCUCCCCCUCCCCCGACGACGAAGGCCCUGAAGCCAUGA